CCCAAAUAUCAAAAAAAAUAAAAUUUCAGUUUAUCAAAUUUCCUAUUAUAAAAAACCAGACGACAGAACGACAUUUUCUAACCAAUCAAUGACAUCUCUCGAAUUUCUUAUUGCAUAAAUAAGUAUAAUUGUUUGCGCAAGAAUGGAUAACAAUGAAGCAUUCAAAAUAAGUACUCAAUUGACGUUUUCAACCCUACUAAUAUCCAUAGAGACCUGUGACAAUGCGAGAUAUUUUAUUUUCUCUCCCUCUGUAAUGAUUCAUUGGACAUGAAAUAUUCCACGUAUUAUCAGCGGGGACUACCGUGCACUGAAUUAUCGACUAUGAACCAACCGACUGUCUAUGGUGGACCGCAACGAUGAUGAUGUAAUACGUAAGCAAGCAACGUGAGACUUCUCUUUUUCCUAGAAAUACCAGAAUUUGAUGUAAAAUAGGAGAAGGGAAAAAAACAACCCAACCACGAUGAAUAAAACAACAAAACCAACGUAUGCUUCCGCCAGUCAUUAAAAGAACACCUCAGAGGAUCUGAAGCACUCAUGUGACGCUAAUUCAUAAAUAGCCUUGAGAAAUCACCUCUCACUAUACCACGGUUUAAAGGAUCGGAAUCAAUGAACAACGGACGCUGACCACCAUCGGCGGGGGCUCACCUGGUACCGGGAUCCAUCACUCUCCCCUCUCUCGAGUCCCGUGGCGGUUCAUCGAUACUGAUAGAGGGUAUAAGCGAUUUGCAUAGGACGGCGGCGGUACUCGGGACUAAAUGAUGCGCUUCAGAUGGUAUACCCUUGACUCCCUGGAGUAAAAGAAAGGAGGGGGAAAGUUUUUGGAUUUUAUAUUCUGGGGAUCGUACUUAUAAGACACCAUGAAGCACGUGACAUUUCUGUUUUCAGUGAUAAUGAGUAAUGGAGUUCUAACUCAUGCUGGUGACAUCAAAGUUGCCGUUUUACCAGACUGGUGGCAAUAUAUUCCGAGGUUUGUCUCCAGACAAAAGGUGUCUUCACUGCAAUUCACCAAUCUAACAUCAGAAUCGAACGAAACUCAGUACGACAAAAUAAUUGAAGUGAUAAAUUACUUGAAUGAAAGCCAUUCAGAUGUGGUAUUCGGCCCGUGUAAAAGGGAUAUUAGUAUAGCGGUCGAGGGGUUACGAAUGCCAUACAUUUGUACAACCUUUGACCCGGAAGUGGAAGUUUUCAAAUUCCAGAUACUUCCGGCCUUGUCCGAUUUCAUAGAAGCAAUGAGAAAAUUUGUUUACUGCCAGAACCGACGGGGCGGGGAUGGGGAGUACAAGACGAUUAUAUACGAAGGAAACAAAGGGUUCCACUUUGAUGACACUAUUUUGAACCACCGGAAGACCACCCGUUUAUACGCCGUGAAUGAAGAAAACAUGGAGGCCAAAAAACAUACGAUCACACAUUACUUGAUGCUCAUGCGCAAAGAACUUAUUCGAGACAUUAUCGUUAUAUGUGACCCAAAGACUGUCGAAAUGUUGUUAAAGACGGCUUGGGAACUAGCCAUGCUUAGUCUGCCGUUUAGAUGGUAUUUCUACGAUCCAGCAUUUCACUUACGACACAUACUGGAGAGCCUACCCCGGUUCGCUAACAGCUUCACGGUUUUCACUCUUAUACCGAGCUAUGAGCAAGCGACCUUGUAUCCCAGUGACCUUGACCUUAACGCGAUGCUGACGAUGGACACCCUAUCUACAAUCUCUAUGAUAUGUGGCGUGUCCAGCAUCAACAACGAUAGAGAAUCGCUUCUUUCUGCUCUACAAAAUAAAACCUUUCGAGGUUACACUGGAAACAUAAGUUUUGAUGCCAGUCAUCAGCGUGUGAACUACAGUAUCAAUAUGUUCCAUUUUAAUGGAUCACAGUACUUCAAGUUGGGUUCUUGGUGGGCGGGGGAUUCCCCCGGUUCCAGAACAAUCCAGUUGGAGAAUACCCCUGAAGUUCAGCACUGGAGGGACCAAAACCAGACAUAUACAUUCCCUCUAAAGGGAAGGACCAUUAAAGUUGUAACCAUCAUUGAAGAACCCUUUAUGAUGUACAAAAAAGGACAUGGGAAUUUGACCGGGAAUGACCGCUUUAAGGGUUACUGCGUGGACCUAAUACAGGAACUGUCCACCAUACUGGAUUUCAAAUAUGAACUGUACCUUGUCCAUGACAACCGGUUCGGGGCCAGACGACCGGACGGCCACUGGGAUGGGAUGGUUGGAGAAGUCCUAGCUGGGAACGCUACAAUGGUGGUCGCCUCACUGAGUAUAAAUGCCCGGCGCGAAGAAGCCAUCGACUUUACCAAACCUUUCAUGACGAGGUACGUGACAGUGAUUAUGAAGAUCCCGGAAACACCACGGAGAAUUUUUGAAUUCAUCUCCCCGUUAUCUCACACAAUAUACCUCUGCACCUUCAGUGCAUGCAUCAUCGUCGCAUUUAGCUUGUAUUUCUUUGAGAAGAACAGUGCGUAUGAAAAGCAAGAAAAAGUUACUUUCAAGGAUUGCGUGUGGCUUACCUUUGGAACUCUUCUUGAAGGAGGUACGGAAGGUGUCCCAACAACGACUUCCGGACGAAUUCUUUUGUAUACAUGGUGCUUCUUCGUUUUGAUUUUGGUCGCUUCAUACACAGCAAACUGGGCAGCUUUUUUAACUGUCAAAAAGUUCAAAGCGCCAGUGAAAUCAAUCUACGACUUAACUUCACAAAAAGAAAUUCAAUACGGGACAGUCAAAAGCAGCGCCAUUUUGUCUUUUUUCCAAACUUCCAACGUGGAAACCUUCAGAAAGAUAGGCAGCGAGAUGAUGAACAAUCAAUCUAACAUCGUAGGAUCAUCUACAGAAGGAUAUCGAAGAGUGAGUGAAGGGGGCUACGGGUUUUUCUGGGACUCCACGGUAAAUGCUUUCAAAACGAACAGGGAGUGUCUUUUGACGACCAUCGGUCCUGACUUUGCACCGCGAGGGUACGGAAUAGGGCUCCCUCCAGGGGCCACGUAUCUUGAUGAAUUGUCUAUCAACAUUCUUCGACUGGGUGACAGCGGUUUUCUAGACCAGUUACAACAAAAGUGGUGGGGAGAGCGGAAAUGUUCUCGCGAUAAGGAGGAAGACGAGAACAACGCAAGUGGACUCAAAUUGGAGAAUGCCUCGGGGUUGUUCUUUGUGUUGGGGGCCGGAAUUGUCCUGUCCGUGUUCGUACUGUUAGUCCAGGGGUUUAUACGGAACAUAAGGCCCAAAAUCAUAACGGGUCAAAGUGAAACUGUGACAUAGUCAAGAAACAGUUUUUAUUUUCUUGAAAUGCAUUAAAUUGAAUUUCAUUUGAGCGCAGUUUUUCCCUCGUUGCAAAACAAAAUAAAAACUGCAAUACAAUAUUCCUGGAGGUGUUGUUGUUUAUCUAGAAGAAUGAAAUUUGUGUCUGUAUAUCAAGUAAGGAUAAGUGGACAUAUCAUUUUCUGGAAUAUCGCAAGAGAAGAUUCUACGUCAUUAGCUGUAAGGUCACAGUGACAUUUUUGUAGUGAACAUGAGGGAGGAAUAGUGAGUACAUGGAUAGCAUACUAAGUUUUUCCUCAGAAAUAUUUCAUUGUCGAAUGCCAUGUAUGUAAAUAUUUAGUAGAAAGCGUGUGUUUGGGUUGAAAGGAUUUAAUUUUGAUGUCCAUGGAAUUAUGGAAAUGUCAAGAUGUGCAAUAUAUAUAUGUGUUCAGCAAUUUGAACGUAUACAUUUAAGAAAUAAACAGCAUGUUAAAAAGUUCACCGAGUGGUUGGUCACGUGAUCAAAUCCUGUAAAUUAUUUGCAAAUGUAAAUAUUGUAAAAUCAAUCAUAUCGUGUUUUCUGUGUUUAUGUAGUUGACAGGUGUGAUAGUCUGUUUUGUAAAAAUGCAUGCAUAGUACUCAUCUAUCUCAAAAUUUUGUACAUACAUAUGUAUCUAAAAUAUUUCUACGUGUGUUUUGAUCCCUUUGAGGAAAAAACUCCAGAUUCCAAAUAUGGUGUGAAUUCCAUGAUUUUACAUUUUAAUAUUUGAUAUGUUGUUUGAAUUUUUAUUGUUCCCUACAGAGCCCUUGAUUGUGAAUAAACAUCAACCAUCAUAUAUAAAAAUCAUCAAAAUAAAUGUUAAAAUAGUUGAUACUGAGUAAAUAUCUAAUAUCAGAUGCAUCGCAAAAUUCUCUCUAAGGUCAGGUUGUUGGGCGUUUACACCGGAUGUGGAAUUAUGGGAUUCUUUGCCAAAUAAACUGCCCACCUUUAACGCCUUCGCUUUUUCCUGCCAAUUAAGCUGAUGUGAACCAUAUUUUCUAGCAUUCUUCUUUGAUUAAUAGAGUUUACUUUAUAGUUAAGCCCAAAGGUUGUUUACAUAAGCCCACUCAAGUAAUCUCGAUGAAUAUUAUUUUAGACUGGUAUCUGUAGCAAAGUUUUUGGUCUAAAUGGCAUAUUGAACUAUGAAAUAGCUGGUUUAUACGGGGUGAAAACGUCCCUUUUGGUAGGAAUAUUUGCUAGUUCAGUUUGUAAAUGCUCUCUUGCAGUUAUUUUGAUUGAUAAAGAUUUGUAAACUUAUUUACUUUAUUCAUUUACAUGUGUAUCAGAAUAAAUGUCGAUAUUGCGUGUGUAUCUCUAAUUAAUAUGUGCUGUUAGAAAUAAAAACAUUUUUUUAAAAUUUCCUUCUUGUUUUGGAAAGGGUAGUAAUUAUCUCCGAACAAGCAGUCAUUUCUGAAUUCA